CAGUGUUGCCAUCGGCGUGCGCGCGUGUGUGCGAGUGUGACAGCGGCUGUGGCUGUGGCCGUGGCCGUGGGAGGCGGGCCCGGCGGAGCCCAGCCGCGGGGGGACCGGCCCGGGCUCCCGCUCCCCGAGCGCGUCGCGGCCGCGUGGCCCGGCCGAGCCUUGAGACCACCCCGCCCCUGCCGGUCGCAGUCGCGAUGUCGGUGGCCGGGCUGAAGAAGCAGUUCCACAAAGCCAGCCAGCUAUUUAGUGAAAAAAUAAGUGGUGCUGAAGGAACUAAACUAGACGAUGAAUUUCUUGACAUGGAAAGGAAAAUAGAUGUUACCAAUAAAGUUGUUGCAGAAAUUCUUUCAAAAACCACUGAAUAUCUUCAGCCAAAUCCAGCAUACAGAGCUAAGCUAGGAAUGCUGAACACUGUGUCGAAGAUCCGAGGGCAGGUGAAGACCACAGGAUACCCGCAGACGGAAGGCUUGCUGGGGGACUGUAUGCUGAAAUAUGGGAAGGAGCUCGGGGAAGACUCCACCUUUGGCAAUGCAUUGAUAGAAGUUGGUGAAUCCAUGAAGCUAAUGGCUGAGGUGAAAGACUCUCUUGAUAUUAAUGUAAAGCAAACUUUUAUUGAUCCACUUCAGUUACUACAAGAUAAAGAUUUAAAAGAGAUUGGGCAUCACCUGAAAAAGCUGGAAGGCCGCCGCCUGGAUUACGAUUAUAAAAAGAAACGAGUAGGUAAGAUACCAGACGAAGAAGUCAGACAAGCGGUAGAAAAAUUUGAAGAGUCAAAGGAGUUGGCUGAAAGAAGCAUGUUUAACUUUUUAGAAAAUGAUGUAGAACAAGUCAGCCAGUUGGCUGUGUUCAUAGAGGCAGCAUUAGACUAUCACAAACAGUCCACAGAGAUUCUGCAGGAGCUGCAGAGCAAGCUACAGAUGCGAAUAUCAGCUGCAUCCAGUGUCCCCAGACGAGAAUACAAGCCAAGGCCUGUGAAAAGGAGUUCUAGUGAGCUCAAUGGAGUUUCCACCUCCUCUGUAGCGAAGACGACAGGUUCUAACAUUCCCAUGGACCAGCCCUGCUGUCGUGGUCUCUAUGACUUUGAGCCAGAAAACCAAGGAGAAUUAGGAUUUAAAGAAGGGGACAUCAUUACAUUAACCAAUCAAAUAGAUGAAAACUGGUAUGAAGGAAUGAUACACGGAGAAUCGGGAUUCUUCCCCAUUAAUUAUGUUGAAGUGAUCGUGCCUUUACCUCAGUAAAUGUGUAACACAAACUCUGGACAUACUUUCGUAAGUGAAAUGAAUUCACACCAGUGUGCUCUCAGUGUGGUGUUCUGUGACAUCCUUUGCUCUCUGACCAACUUAAUGACUUUUGUAUGUGUGUUCUCUUUAUAAUGUAUUUUAUAUCACUUUAAUUUGUAUAAAUGAUUUUCUUGUCCUUGCUACAUGAAAA